AUGGCGAGAUUGUUGGAGGACUACAAGAUAAUGCGAUCUUUGCAAAUGGGUGGAUUGUCCCAUCCAUCGAAGCCGAAGAGCUGUGAAGAUUUGAAAGAAAGAAUAGAAACUCAGACUGUACAGGAAAGCAAUAAGAGAAGGAAAGUCUCGAGAACAACGGUGGACGUACAGCCUGUGCAACAAACAACCACCGAGGACGUUGCAGUCUCUCACGAAAAGCCCAAACAAAUUACUGAAACAGAUUUCCACCUUAAGUUGGGUGUUGAUUGGCUGGAUCAAAUUUUAGCUAAAGAAAACACCGAGCAAGCAGAUUCAGCUGCGAUUCCCAACCUCUACAGUGAUAUCAGCGAAUCAUUCCUCUCCGACCCUCAGAUCUCGAGUCUGUUGCAAGAUGCAAACAGCAUUGAAGACAUCUUUGGAGAAUCGAAUCUUUCCUGGUUGGUUGAGCCGUUGACGAACCACAUCAAUGCUAAAUUGAACGAGUCAAACUCGACCGACUGCAGUAACACUGGGAAGGCUCAAGCUUCCAAUGAUACAGAGAGGAGGAAGCAAGGGGAAAGGAGAUCAGUGAAACUUUCUUGGUCCUUUCCGCAUUUUCGUCGCUGCCAACACAAACACUUGCGAGAAAUGGCAUGGCAACAUGGAACGAAGAUGACAAGGAAAUUUGUCAUGAGGAGAGCACGGGAAAGUGAAGCGAGCAGAGGAGAUGAGAAGAAAUUUACCAACUCUUCCCAUCACGAUGCUCUCUGGCGCAUGUUUGAUGAGAACUUUUUGAGUGGAUCCAUUGCAAUCGAAGUCAAAGAAGCGACGUUGGAAGAUGUAGAGGCCAUCGCUCAUUUGCGUUGCAAGUCGUUUGGACGAGACAGUAUGGCAUAUCAUAAUCUUCCUGUCAGUGCAAAGAGCAAGAAUUACAUCGACAGGCUGAGAGAAUGGAUUGGAGGAAGCUACAAGACACGAUAUCGUGUAGCAGCCGCUCGCUGUCGAUCUGUGGAGCUGGAGAGGCUGGCAACGGAGAUGAUGCAAAGUGAUUUGAAUGAGUCCUUCCAACUGGGUGGGUGA